AUGGACUUUAAAGGUGUACCUCCUAUGGAGAUGUCAGGGAAUGUCUCCGAAAAUUGGAAAUUCUGGAAACAGCGAUUCACAACUUACCUCGUGGCAACGGAAAUUUCAAAAAAGGCACACGAGACUCAAUGUGCCCAGUUGUUAACGUUAAUAGGCGACGAGGGAAUGAGAAUUUAUAAUACAUUCACAUUCUUAGAAGAAGAAAAAAAUAAUCUAGAAGUUUUACUUACAAAAUAUGAUAACCACUUUACACCAAAGAAAAAUUUAACCUAUGAAAGACAUCAACUAUUAACCAGUAAGCAAACAGAAUUUGAAAGCAUUGAGCAAUUUAGUGUAAGAGUGAAAAAUAUAUCAUUACACUGUGAACUAGGUGAAUUAAGAGAGAGCCUAGUUAAAGAUAUUUUAAUUUGUGGUAUAAAAUCUAACGAAAUUAGAGAAAAACUCCUACAAGAUGAUUUAGUAACAUUAGAGGAAGUCAUAAAGAAAGCAGUUUAUAUAGAAAAAACCAAAGAACGUAACAUGGCUAUAUCCAGUUACAUGGAGCCAGGUACCCAGAGGCGGCUCUAG